AUGGAUCCAUCCAACAUCAACACGGAGCUUUGCCCCGUCUACGCCCCCUUCUUCGGCGCCAUGGGAUGCACUGCUGCCAUCGUCUUCACUUGUCUCGGUGCCUCGUAUGGUACUUCGAAGUCGGGUGUCGGUAUCUCGGCCAUGGGUGUUCUGCGACCUGAUCUGUUGAUCAAGUGUGUGAUUCCCGUCAUUAUGGCUGGUAUCAUUGCCAUUUACGGUCUCGUGGUCAGUGUGCUCAUCUCGGGCGACAUCAAGACUCCCAUGUCGCUGUACGCUGGAUUCAUCCAGCUCGGUGCCGGUCUCUCGGUCGGUCUCGCAGGUCUGGCCGCUGGUUUCGCCAUCGGCAUUGUCGGUGACGCUGGUGUUCGUGGUACCGCCCAGCAGCCGAGGCUGUUCAUCGGAAUGAUCCUCAUCCUCAUUUUCGCCGAGGUUCUGGGUCUGUACGGUCUCAUUGUUGCGCUUAUCCUCAACACCCGCUCGCAAGACGACCCCCUCGGAUGCAUGCUCAAGUAA